AUGAAGCUCACGCACAACCACAGCGUCGACCGCAAGGCCAUCGACGUCAAGCUUCGCCUCGCAUCAAAACUAACGGAGGAGCAGCUGGGUCAAGUGAAACAGAUGACAACCCCCGAUUCAGAUUCCACGUAG